AUGGUUAAUCCAACACCAUACAUCAAUUCAUUCCCAUCUUCACACUAUCAAUUCAUUCCCAUCUUCACACACUAUCAAUUCAUUCCCAUCUUCACACUAUCAAUUCAUUCCCAUCUUCACACUAUCAAUUCAUUCCCAUCUUCACACUAUCAAUUCAUUCCCGUCUUCACACUUUCAAUUCAUUCCCAUCUUCACACUAUCAAUUCAUUCCCAUCUUCACACUAUCAAUUCAUUCCCGUCUUCACACUUUCAAUUCAUUCCCAUCUUCACACUAUCAAUUCAUUCCCAUCUUCACACUAUCAAUUCAUUCCCAUCUUCACACUAUCAAUUCAUUCCCAUCUUCACACACUAUCAAUUCAUUCCCAUCUUCACACUAUCAAUUCAUUCCCAUCUUCACACUUUCAAUUCAUUCCCAUCUUCACACUAUCAAUUCAUUCCCAUCUUCACACUAUCAAUUCAUUCCCGUCUUCACACUUUCAAUUCAUUCCCAUCUUCACACUAUCAAUUCAAAUAUCAACAUGGCAAAUUGAUCCCACAUACAUAUAG